AUGCAAACAUGUAGAAUACUUCUACAACGAGUGCUAUUAUGCAAAAAGAAAAUUGCCGCCUGCAAAGGACCCACAGAAACCAACGUGGAAAGCAAGGGAAUCUGUGGUAAAUGCAGAAUGAACGAGAGAGCCGAUUGGCAAUACAGAAACCCGAUAGAUGAACCUCAGUUGCAUGCUGCUUCGGUCAGAACUGCAGAAUGGCAGGAGAGAAUUGCUGCUGCAGAUCAAGAGUUAGAAACGAUUCCCGAGCCUACUUCGAACGAGAUUGAAGGAAGUGCUGCUGCAGGACAAGAGUCAGAAACGAUUCCCGAGCCUAGUCCGAAUGAGAUUGAAGGCAUUGCAGCAGCAGAACAAAAAUUAGAAACGAUUCCCGAGCCAACUUUGAACGAGAUUGAAGGAGUUGAGGAAAGGAAGAGGCAAGGUCUUGAAGCCUCGGGCAGGGGUAAUUGGAGAUCUCGGAACAUAGCGCGAUUGCUUUGCUCGAGGGUUGGUGAUUAA